AUGAGUAAAGCCUAUGAUCGUGUUGAAUGGGAUUUUUUGGAAGCGGUUAUCGUUAAGCUAGGGUUUGAUCAAAAAUGGAUUUCAUGGAUUAUGUGGUGUGUCUCUUCGGUGUCGUAUCAAGUUCUUCUUAAUGGCCAGCCUCGAGGCACUAUUCUGCCGCAGCGGGGAUUACGUCAAGGGGACCCUCUCUCACCUUAUUUGUUUAUUCUUUGUAUGAAGGUUCUGAUAGCAAACAUUAAGAAGGCGGAACAGGAGCAGAAAAUCAUGUGCAUUAAGAUAGCUCGGGACUGUCCCACUAGCUCGCAUUUGCUGUUCACUGAUGAUAGCCUAUUUUUUUGUAAAGCAGAGGAGAAUGAAUGCAGAACGGUAAUGGAGAUUAUUGGUAAUUAUGGGAAAGCUUCGGGGCAGGAGGUUAAUCUGGGGAAGUCUUCUAUCAUGUUUAGCAAUAAAGUUCCAGCUGACAUAAAAACCCAGUUAAAAUCUGUAAUUGGUAUCUCUAAAGAGGGAGGUAUGGGCUCUUACCUGGGUAUUCCUGAAAACUUUCAGGGCUCGAAAACUCAAGUUUUUAGUUAUGUUUCCGAUCGUUUCGACAAUCGUGUUAAUGGUUGGUCUACAAAAUAUUUAUCGAAAGGGGGAAAGGAAGUUAUGAUUAAAUCAGUCGCGUUAGCUCUCCCGACUCAUGUUAUGUCAUGUUUUAAGUUGCCGCAGGAAUUAACGUCUAAGUUAACAAGUGCAAUAUCCAAAUUUUGGUGGAAAUCUAAUGAUAAGGUAUGUGGUAUGCACUGGGUCGCUUGGGAUAAGAUGUGUAAGGCCAAAUGCGAAGGGGGCUUGGGCUUUCGGGUUCUGGAGCAAUUUAAUGACGCAUUGCUGGCCAAGCAGUAUUGGCGGUUAAUUCAGUAUCCGACGUCUUUAAUGGCUCGGGUUAUGCGAGGUUUAAUGGAACAAGGGGCACGGUGGGAGAUUGGUUCUGGCUGUUCUAUAUCUGUGUGGAAGGAUCCUUGGAUACCGGAUCGUCAGCCAAGACCAGCCAAUGGCAGGGGGAGACUUUUACAUCCUAAUUUGAUGGUUAACCAUAUAAUUAAUCCGAUAACCAAGGAUUGGCAUUUGCCUAUUGUUGAAGAGUUUAUGGAUCCGGUAGAUAUUUCGUUGAUUCGGAGUAUGUCGGUCAGUAAAUUCUUCAAACAUGAUCGUCUCAUAUGGCAUUUCACUAAAUCGGGAAAGUAUUCGGUGAAAUCUGGUUAUCGGCUUGCACAUGAAUUACUUAGAGACGUAGCCUACGGGCCGAAGUGUACGGAGCUCCGGGGACAAGUUUGGAAACUUGAAGUUCCCCUGAAGGUUCAACAUUUUUUCUGGCAGAUAGCUUCUGGUUCUCUUCUUGUGAUGGAACAGCUUGCUCAUCGGGGAGUCCGCUGUGAUAGUUUAUGUAAACGGUGUGAAUCGGCGGUUGAGACUAUUAAUCACGCUCUCUUUGAGUGUCCGCGCUCGCAUAGGAUUUGGGAAUUGUCUCUGGUAGCGAUACUUCCUGAUGGAUUUCCCUAUGGUUCAAUGUAUGCGAAUUUAGAUUUUAUUUUCUGGCGGGCGUCAUCGCAAUCGGCGGUUCCAUAUAUACGUUUCCGUUUACCUUGGAUUAUUUGGUCAAUUUGGAAGGAUAGGAAUAAAAAGGUUUUCCAGGGAUUAGAAGCAGAUCCGAUCGGAAUUAUUAACCAGGCGGUUAAUGAUAAAUUAUUGUGGGAGGAGGCUAAGUCUUUCUCGCUGAGGUAUUUGGAUACUGCUUCACCUUUGGAGACGAAGGAUCCCUCUCCCCGAUGCCAAGUUGAUGGCUCAUGGAAGAGUUUUGAUCCUUUGGUGGGACUGAGUUGGUGGUAUUGUAAUAGUGAGGAUACGACGCUACUCUUGGGAGCUCGGAGUACCAGACGCAGCCCUUCACCUCUACACUCGGAAUUACAAGCAUUGAUUUGGGCUAUGGAGUCCCUCCUGGCGGCGGGUGUUGAUUGUCCAAGUUUCGAGACGGAUUGUGCGGAGCUGGUCGCAAUGGUGGAGUCCCCCGACGAUUGGCCUGCUUUUUCGAAUUUAUUGGACAACUUCACUAUACUCAAAUCAUCCUUCCCUUCCUUUACUCUUACCAGAGUUCCGCGUGCGUCAAAUGUAAGGGCAGAUUGCCUCGCUCGAUCUUCGCGUUCUUUAGUUUCUGAAAUUUCAUUUGUAAACUCUUCUCCUUCGGUUUGA